CACUUCGGAACCAACGCGUUUGUUCCCACCCGAGCUGCAAUUCGUGGUGCACCGUCAAUGCUAAUGUUUUGCAUUGUGGUGACACCUCUGCUGCUCCUCGCGGUAGUUACCAAUGGUCUGACACAAGUUGGCAGAGAUGCCGUUCAAAGAUCUUCCCCGAGAGGCCCUGCUGCGGCCCCUGUCCCGGAAUGAGGUGGUGGGCAUGUUGUUGAGGUUGACCAUCUUUGGUGCAGCCACGUACUACAGCAUCAAAUGGGUUUUAGACGCAAUGGAUCCUACUUCCAAACAGAAAAAUCAAGCUAAGAAAAGGGCAGAGCAGUUGAUGAAGAGGAUUGGUGUGGAAGGAGUGAAACUAACAGACUAUGAGAUGAACAUUGCAUCUCAACUAGUUGAUCCACAAACUAUGAAGGUGUCCUGGAGAGACAUAGCUGGUCUGGAUGAGGUUAUCAAUGAACUGCAAGACACUGUCAUCCUUCCCUUUCAGAAACGACACCUCUUAGCUCGAUCCAAACUCUUUCAGCCUCCUAAAGGAGUUUUACUAUUUGGUCCUCCCGGAUGUGGGAAGACCAUGAUCGCCAAGGCAACAGCCAAAGCUUCAGGGUGCAAGUUUAUCAACCUUCAGGCCUCCACACUGACGGACAUGUGGUACGGCGAGUCACAGAAGCUCACUGCUGCUGUGUUUUCAUUGGCUGUCAAAAUCCAUCCCUGUAUCAUCUUCAUUGAUGAGAUCGAGUCCUUUCUCAGGAAUCGCUCCAGCCUCGACCAUGAGGCCACAGCCAUGAUGAAAGCACAAUUCAUGAGCCUGUGGGAUGGUCUGGACACUUCCUCAACCACCCAGGUGAUGGUGAUGGGAGCGACCAACAGGCCACAGGAUGUGGAUCCAGCCAUUCUGCGCAGGAUGCCCACCACUUUUCAUGUUGGUCUCCCGAACCCAAGACAAAGGCAGGAAAUCCUUAGGCUGAUUUUAGCAGAAGAAAACUUGAGCAACGCCAUUAAUCUGAAGGAGAUUGCAGAGAGGACAGACGGCUACUCCGGCAGCGACCUGCGAGAGCUCUGUCGCGAUGCUGCCAUGUACCGGGUUCGGGACUAUGUCCGCAAAGAGCAGAUGAGGCAGAUUGCUCAGCAGCCAGAAGAGGACGAGGAGGAUGAAGAGGAAAAACUUCUGGAUGAGGAGAGGUUGCGCCCGGUCACCCAGCUGGACCUCCUCUUCGGCCUGGACAAGAUGAAAGAGUCUAAGCAGGCCACUGUCUUCAUGUUACCCAGCGCGCAGGAUGUUCCCCUAGACUAAACACCAACAAGGCCCCACUGGCAGGAAAAUAUUAUCUUCUCAUUUUAUUCCAAAGUGUGUUCCAGCUCCCAGAGCAGAGACGACUCGAUCAUAUCUGAGGGGCUUUCUGGCAAAUUAAGGGACAUCAAAGUCAUCUUUCUCAAACUUUAUUUAUUCCGACAGAGGUUGUUGUUCUGAGCUUGUUCAUUUUCAGCACAGCCUCACCACAUGUACACUUCCAACACAGACUCCUCCUAUUGACUCCUGAUAGCUCCACUAGAGCAAUUUACUGUCACUGUCGUGCUCCUGUGCACCAGGACAGUUUGUCUGGGAGAGGACAAGGCAUUUUACAUAAAGUUUAUGAAUCUCAUAAGUCAUGAGACGUUCAACGUUUGGACUCCAGAUCAGUGGAACUAUCCUUCAACGUUUGCUUCUUGAUUAUUAAUGGCACUUGCAGUGUGCAUACCUCUGCCAGGGCUGAUUGGUCACUUUAUCUCCAUAUUGCAUGUUUUCAAAAUGUGAAAAAAUCCUGGAUUCACUGGUUUAUCCUAUCCAGCAUUUAAUGGCUUCUUCCUUGGGUCAUGCUCCAUCCCUCCACAAAAUGUCAUGAAAAAUUGCUGGUCAUUUUUUUUUCUAUUUCUGCUGACAGAGACAAAAGUUAGACGGACAGAUAGACAGACAAAUUAAGAGAUAACUAUCAAUCUGCCCAUUUAAAAUGAUUCAAGGGCUUGAAUCAUUUUAAAACGAUAUUAUCCAAGCUCUUGAAAUGGUUCAGCUGAUCCCAAAGUCUCAUCACACAGUAGGCAAGUUUCAAAUGAGCUUUCAGGAAGAUCACUAGCCACUCACUUAAGUAUUAGUCAUUAGUCAUGAUGAAGGUACUGGUCUCAGUUUAAAAAGCACUCCAACUCCAUUUAUUUGCUGUCAUCUUCUUUAACUGAACCAGUUUUUUUCUCCAGGUUGAUUUACUGACACUGUUUGGACUUUUUUUUAAGUUAUCAAAAAAUGUAAUGUCAUCACUUUUCUUUCAAAUCUAAGCUUAAAUAUAUAGCUGAGUUUUCUUUUUGGUUUGACCACAUCUCUGCUUUUAAAAGUAAAAGUGGGUGCAUUUAGCCAGCAUGAGUUUGUAUUAGCAUUGAUGUGAUGCUCCUCAUGUAAUGAGUUUUUGCUCCGGACUGCCUGUAGUCAUGAGGUCGACACUGUUGUGGAAGCUGUCAGGUCACAAUAUGCACACGAUGAAGAAGAGGAAGAGCAGAGUCAGGCAGCCAGGGGUGAAAUAUAACAGGUUGGCAGGAGCUGAGAUAAACACCACUACAUCCUUCCUCUGGGAAUUCGUCAGCUCAUAGUCGUUGUACAUUGUGACAGGACUGCUUUAGUUCUAGGCAUCAAUUCAAUCACAGCACUAUAUGUUUGGUCUAAACAGCCAAUAGCAAUGUAGCAUGACUGCAGGUAUUUCCCAGAAGUGUAGACAACCACACAAACAUGUGUCGAGUAGUAAAAGUGUCAUCAAAAAAGUGUCAUAGAAACCACAGAUAUAAUGAUGCAAGCACAGGGAAGCGAUACAACACACACAUCUUUUUAUUAUGUUGAUGUUGAUCAUAAAUGGCUGUAAACCUAUACUUAGCUGUUCUCUCGUCUCACAGCUGUUCGCAGGGGCAUCACCUGUGAAGAAGUGAGAGAGAAAUAUCGGGUUAAAGUUAAGCCCAAGACUUCGGAUGUAAAGUUACCAGGUCUGCUGAAAAGUGUGGUUGUGUGUUAAAUGCUGCUUUGUAACUUCUUAGCUUCGCACUUGUUUCCAUCCAAAAGGACAAAAGCUCUGACUUAUUUAGUGCCCCCCUUACUGUGUCAUUAUUAUUAUUAGUGAGCUCCAGGGUUUUUUACUUUGAAUGUUUUGAUGAAGGACUUUUAAUGUGAUAUUUUAAUCCAUCAAUCGGCAAGUGACGUGUGACAGUGUUACUUUGACAGGACCCAUCAGAGUAACUUUUAUUCUCACUUCAUGGAGGGCCUUUAAAACGCUCUCAGUGAGCUGCCAGUGGGAAGAUGUUGUGACAAGCCUUCCUGCCUCUGUACAAAAAGCCUGAUUGUUUUCCGUGUGGUCUCAGCGUGUGUCCGUGGGUCUGUUCGGGGCUCCCGCAGACCUUUUCUCCCAUGCACUCGGAGCUGGAAUCCAGGGUGUAAUUCACCUUUGACCAGGUGGUGGCACUAUAGCCUCACUGUCCUGUCACUGAGGUAUGUGUCACAGGCUGAAGAAUGUACUCUGCUUUUAUUUAGAGCAGUUUAGUAGCAUUUUGGGGAGACAAUUAAAUAGAGAAGCCUGCGUACUGGAUGGUUUCUUCCUUAUUGGUUCUUUGGGUGAUGUUUAAAAAAUCAGUUGCUCUUCAUUAGAGUACCUGGGCUGACAGUUAAAGGUCAAAAUGCUGUGUUGCCAUGUAAACCAUGCAACUGUGUCACUGCUAGCAGGUCUUGCUUGCUUUCCAAAGGUAACACCAGUAAACGCUCUCCCUCCAGUGCAAUAUGACUCGACAGGCCGUUCAUCAGUUGGAGACUUGGAUUCAUGUAUACACUCCAUACUCACUUACUGUAAAUUAAACUGUCAACUAUGUGUACGUGUCUGAUAUGAAAUGUUAAACACUGAACUGUAAUUAUUCAAUUAGACAAUUUUUUCAACUAGCAAAACGUUACGUCUAAUUUCCGCAUGGAUGUCACUUUGUCUUUGUCCGUGUUUAAGUGUAUUAAAUUAAUAAACAUCUUCCUUUUCAAACCAAAA